CGGCGGGAAGGGCCGAGGGGACCCGGGGCCGCCCGGUGCGCAGAGGCAGAGGGGCCCCCAAAACCUGCAACGCGGGCGCCUCAGUCUGCGGGCCAAGCCCGGGGUUUCCCUCCAUUAAGAAGUCAGUUGGGCGUUUCUGCUGGCGUGGAGAGCGCUACCAGGUGCCCCCGGAUUUUGAUCGGGAGUCGCUUUUGCCUUUCCGUGGACAAGCCUUCCUCCGCCAGCAGAUGCCCCGGGCAGGAAGAGAAGCGGUGGGUGAGUGGAAAGGGCCUUGGUAUGGAAACGCAGAGACCGAAUUCCUUCUCAUCUGCCAGCUCCGUGGCCGUGGGCACAUUAUCUGUUUUCUUAGUCCGGCUCAUCGUUUCUUUCAAAAACCAUUUUGGACCCUUCUGGGAAGGCAAAGAAGAGAAGCGGAGUGGACUGUGAGCGGACAUAAACCACCCUGAUGGGUAUGAUUUCCAUUUUUGGCACGGGAGUCCAGAGAUUUUGUGACCCUCUCCAAGGACACACAGCAAUCCCUUGAGAGCCCCAAGACCAGAGUCCAGUUGCCAUGACAUUGCUGCCCUAUAACCACACUCUGGAGGAAGAUACCUCAUGAAGACAAAAGCACCUAAGGCCUGAGAAAGUGAGAAUGUGGCCCUGACUCACUGCCAUUGGUUUCCCCUUCCCCCAGUGGGGUUGGGGGGUACCCCCCACUGCAUUAUGUUAUUCUUAAGUCUCUGCACCCCCAGCCCUGUUCUCAUCACUUAUGACUGCUUUCUGAACAAGAAAAGAAGUGCAGAAAUAAAUGAAUGGCCUUGCGCAAGGCUCUUGACUCUCUGAGUCUCCAUUUCUUCCUCCCGACAACAAAGUUCCAGCUUCACGGGGCUGCUGCGGGGAUCAAGUAGUGAGUGGGAAACUUUUAGAACUGUCAAGCGUGCAGCCGUUCCUGAGGUCGUGCAGAAUGUGGGUGGGAAGGGGAGGGCAGAGGUUGUUGAAGGUGGCUCCAGGUGGCUUUGAUACCUUUCUUCUGGUAACAAAAUUACCCUUUUUAUACACACAGAGCACUGGCAGGAGAGACACCAGAGUCUCACAGAGGCUGGCCCUCAGCAUUGGUUCUCUGUGGAGUGAGCAACUAAACUAGAAUAAAGCACAAGGGCCCUUGGCCCCAGAAGAACAGGCUUCUUUCAUUUUAGGACAUUAGGCUCUUUUAGCUUCUUUUCCUUUCUUUUCUUUCUUUCUUCUUCUUCUUUUUUUUUUUAAACCAUACUACUUAGAAGUGCGUGAAGCCCAGGUCUCUGUCUCACUUUCCCUUUGUGUUCCCGGGCCUGGCACAGAUGAGGGACAUAAUGAAUGAAGGAAUCUCCCAUCUCAGGGCCCUGCGUGGCACCCAUCAGCAUCAGGGCCUCUGACCCCAGUGGGUGAGAGGAAGUGCAACCCCCCCCGCCCCCCUGAGCGCAGGGCCUGCCGCGAAGAGAGAAGAGCUGUGAAACGGAGACUCAGUUUACCCAAGGUGGAGUCUCAAGCACGUCAACAUGGGGGCUGAGGAAGAGACGGGACAUCUCCGCGGCGACAGAGCCCAGAGGCACUUAAGAAAUCUUAGUUCUUGUCCCCUCCUCAUAAGCACUUCGGGGAGAGGUUUCCUGUGUUCCAAGUAAUUUAAUUCCCAUGGCUCCCGAAAGGCUGGAGCGGUUUCCUUUUCAGAGGCUGUGGGUGCCUCUGAGAAGGAAAGUCACAGGCAGUAUCAGUCUUGCCCAUUUUCUUCAGUGCUGUGUGUCCAGCGUCUGAAAGCAUGCGGGCACACAGUAGGUGGUGACAAGCGGACGAAUUGCCAUCGGCGACCGCUGGGUAACUCGCCAGUGCAGGGAACAAAACCCGCCUCCAGAUAAGAAGACCCUGCAGGCCUCCCGCACCCUGUAAUUUGGAUCUCCAGGAAUCGCCUUUGUUGUGGGCGCCCAACCUCAGGCAAAGCGAGCACCUGCUCCUCCCGCCGGUCCUCGCAGGAGGACCCCAGGCUGCUGCGCCCCGGCUGCCUCUCCGGGUCCCUGCGCUCCGCUUCUCCGGAGCUGGGGGACCGGGGGCGCCCCGGGACCCGCAGCCAGGGUCCAGCCAGCGCUUCCGAGCCGUGGUAACGCGCCUCCCCAGGUGCCCGACACCCCGCCCGGGGCCAGCAUUUUUCGCUUCCUAGGGCCGGGCCGGGGGUCUGGGGCUGCGUCAAGGGCCUCGUCAGGCACCCCCAGGCCUGCGGGGGCAGGAUCCUGAGUCACCGCCGCGCACGCCCUCUCCUCCCGGCUUCCAUCCUGGGGCCACCUCCGCCCCGCAGGGUCGGGCCCCGGCGCAGCCGGCUCUCUGCGGGUCUGCUGUGCGCCCCUCUCCCCAGCCCGAGUCACUGCGGCCGCCGCCCCCACCCCUGGCUGGCUCGGGGGAGCCUCGCUUGUCCGCCCCUCCCAUGAGAAGCCCGAGCUCUCAGCGCUCCCGGGCGGCUCCCGCGGGAGGGGGCGCGGCCGCCCCCACGGCUCCACCCUCUCGGCGGGGCCGCAGCCAUCUGGGGCCCCUGCCAGUAACGGCCGCUCCGGGGCCCGCACGGAGCUCGCGACCCGCUUGCGCGGCGGGAGGCAGCCCCGGGCAGGGACCCCGGCCUCCUCAGCGGGCGCUCCCGGCGCUGAGAUGCCCCGAGGGGGCGGUGGCCGCGAGCCGAGCCCGGGUGGAAGCGCGUCGCAGCGGACGCGGGCGCCCCUCGCCACCUCAGUGAUCCUUUGGGAGCCGGGACCGGAGCCCCGCAGGCGGCGGUGCGGGCCCGCGGGGGCGGCGAGGUCCGUGCCCCUAGCGUCCGGAGCGGGCGCAGGCUGCUGAGCCUCGGCUGGGCUCGUUGCCUCCCGCCUUUCCCCCCAGCCCCCCGCGAGCUGGCAGGAGGAAAUAGCGCGCGGCCCCUUUAAAUUUACCCAGGAGCCCUUAAAGGAGCCCCAGGGGCCCCAGACAGGAAUCCCCACCCCGGUCCAGCCCGCGCCGCCGAGCGAGCAGUCUGCCGUCCGUGCGGCCGGCCGCCCCGUGCAUGCGCCCCGCGCCCCGGGGCCCCGCGCAGCGAGCGCUCCGCGCGGGCUGCCGCCGGCCCCGCGGCCCCGCGCCCCGCCGCCCCGGGGCCCCGCUCCGCAGCGCAGCGCAUGGAGCCCGGCGGGGACCACCGGAGCCGGAGCAGCGGCGGCAGGGGCGGCCCCGGGCCAGCAGUGGCCUCGGCACGGGGCCGACGGCUGCCGCCCGCCGGAUCGAGCGGCAGCGCGGAGCCAGAGGAAGACGAAGGCGGGCAAGAUCUUCAGCUGGAAGGGGGUGCCUUGGGGUCCUGGGGGAGUGCCCCCCUGCCCUCCUCCAGGGCCAGGGGACCAGCAUCUUCAGGCAGGAAAUAUUCAGACCACUGUGAGGCCCGGGCCUCGAGGCCUGGAAAGAGCCGCAUCCCUGGCCGUGACCACCGGCGCUACUACCACGACCACUGGCGGCUGGAGUACCUGAUGGACUUCAACCCUGCCCGGCACGGCAUGGUGUGCAUGGUGUGUGGCAGCUCCCUGGCCACCCUCAAGCUCAGCACCAUCAAGCGCCACAUCCGCCAAAAGCACCCCUACUCCUUGCAUUGGAGUCCCCGGGAGAAGGAAGUCAUCAGCAACAGCUGGGAUGCACACCUGGGGCUGGGGGCCUGCGGAGAGGCCGAGGGCCUGGGGGUCCAGGGGGCUGAGGAGGAGGAGGAGGAGGAAGAAGAGGAGGAGGAGGAGGGGGCUGGUGUCCCAGCUUGCCCGCCCAAGGGCCCAGGCAAAGCCCCAGCUGGUGGGGGCUGCCGGCGCCAGCGGCGAGGGGGCCCAGUGGCACCCCGGGCUCGGCGUCUGCGCCUCUCAGCCUCCCGGAGGGCCGGGGGCAGCAGGGGGCUGGGGGCCCGGCGCCUGGAGAGGAGGCUGAAGGAGUCCCUGCAGAACUGGUUCCGGGCCGAGUGUCUCAUGGACUAUGACCCGCGGGGGAACCGACUGGUGUGCAUGGCCUGUGGCCGGGCACUGCCCAGCCUGCACCUGGACGACAUCCGUGCCCACGUGCUGGAGGUGCACCCUGGCUCCCUGGGGCUCAGCGGCCCCCAGCGCAGUGCCCUGCUGCAGGCCUGGGGGGGCCAGCCCGAGGCGCUGUCUGAGCUCACCCAGUCCCCACCAGGCGAUGACCUCGCCCCCCAGGACCUGACCGGAAAGAGCCGGGACUCGGCCUCCGCUGCUGGAGCCCCCUCCUCUCAGGAUCUCAGCCCCCCAGACGUAAAGGAAGAGGCUGGCUGGGUCCCUGAGAGGCCCGGGCCCGCAGAGGAGGAGGAGGAGCUGGAGGAGGGCGAGGGCGAGAGGGCGGGGGUCUCGGGCCGGUCGCCGCGGGGCCGCGCCCACCGCCGCCACCCCCAGGAGCGCUGGCGGCUGGAGUACCUCAUGGAGUUGGACGGCGGCCGGCGCGGCCUGGUGUGCGGGGUGUGCGGGGGCGCGCUGGCCUCGCUCAAGAUGAGCACCAUCGAGCGCCACAUCCGCCGGCGCCACCCGGGCUCCACGCGCCUCGGCGGGCCUGUCCAGGCCCUCAUCGCCCGGGAGUGGAGCGAGAAGGCCGCCCACCUGCUGGCCCUGGGGCUGCCCCGCCCCGAGUCCCCCCAGGGCCCCGUCCCCCUCGGCACUGCCGCAGCCUCCGAGGAGUGGGGAGGGGACGAGGAGGAGGAGCCAGAGGAGGAGGAGGAGGAGUGGGGCGACGUUCCGCUGUCCCCUGGAGCUCCCUUGGAGCGGCCCGCCGAAGAAGAGGAGGACGAAGAGGACGGCCAGGAUCCUGGGGGACUCGCCUUGCCGCCGCCGCCUCCUCCCCCGCCGCCGCCCCCGCCCCGCAGCCGGGAGCAGCGGCGGAACUACCAGCCGCGCUGGCGGGGCGAGUACCUGAUGGACUACGACGGCAGCCGGCGCGGCCUGGUGUGUAUGGUGUGCGGGGGCGCGCUGGCCACGCUCAAGGUGAGCACCAUCAAGCGCCACAUCCUGCAGGUGCACCCCUUCUCCAUGGACUUCACGCCUGAGGAGCGCCAGACUAUCCUGGAGGCCUACGAGGAGGCGGCGCUGCGCUGCUACGGCCACGAGGGCUUCGGGCCGCCCGCCCCGGCGCCGCGUGACGGCGGCGCGGACCUCAAGUCUGGCGCUGUGUGUCGGGCGUAGCGGCCUAGCGGGCCCCCGGGUCAGGUCGGGUCGGGUCGGGUCGGAUCGGCCCCGCCCCGCCCUGUGCUCGCCCGGCCCUCCGGCUGGGAGACCCUCGCGUCCGUUGUUAGCGCUUCCUGCGGCCGCGCCCCCCGCUGGCCGGGCCGGGCGGAGACGGGGGAUCGGGUGGGUCCACCGGCGUCUGCGCGGUGCCACUUGGGUCCCCGAGCCAGUCGGUGCGCUGCGGGAAGCGCACUCUCCCAUCGGCCCGGAGCCCUGCCCUCCCCGCGCAGGGCCCACGUUUUCCGAGAAUCCACAUUGGCCUCCACGUGUUAGCGCCGAGCGCUCCCGGCCACACCCCGCGAGGGGAUUCUCCGCAGGCCGGGACUGGGGGCGCCGUCAGUCAGUAUUAGGGCCGAAGGGGGGCCGUGCGGGUUCUGGCUCUGGCUCUGGCCCUGGCUGGGGGCCCAGUUCCCUGCAGCCUUGCACGCUGGCAGGCACGGCUCCCGGCUUGGGGGCUGCUGGCUGCCCUUCCCUAAUUGGGAUUCUCGGCCUCUCGGAGGCCCCGGCUGCGGACUGGGGCUUCCAGCGGGAGGCUGGGCCGCAGGGCUCGGGAGCCUUCCCGGGGUGGGAAGGCGCGUUGGACCGAGGGCGGGGCUAUGCGCCCGGGGCCCGGGCUGGACCAGCUGCGCUUACCUCCCCGGCAGGCUCAGUGAGAACCGUGCGCCCGGCGGCCCCACCCUCCUCCCAGGCCGCGCCACGCCCUCCAGGACAGAUCUUGUAAAGGGAUUAGCACUUUUUUCCUUUGCUCCUCUUGCCCCGAGGGUCUCUGCUUACCCCUAAACUCAAGAGUCAGGCGCCACCAAGUCCGUGGGAGCCCGGGGCACAGGCGGUCCCGGCAGUCAGCCUUCGAUUCCCGCCCCAUCCCCAUCCCCCUUUGUCCGCGGUGGAUGCGGCGUCCGUUCUCAACCCGCAGGGCCUGGGGCCGGGCUUCGGCCUCUUUUCCCCGUGGCAGCCGCAGGCCCUGUGUGGCAGGGAUCGGGCCCCGCGAUCUCCCAGGCAGGUCCGAGAGGGAUGUGUAGAUUCAUUCUCCUGUGGAGAACAGGUGGCCCCGAGAUCAGGCCCUUUUUUGCUCUUUGUAUUUUAUUUUGAAACUGUAUUUAAUGCUUUUAUAUGAAAGGGGCAGGGGCGGGGACAGAGCUGACCCAGUCACCCUUAUGUGCAAAUGUCUUAUUUAUUAUGCGUGUAUCAGAGAUAAGCUGUGAGGUGGUGGAGGGAGGACCUGAAGGAAGGAGGAGCGAGGGCAGAGGCGGGGACGGGAGGACCCCAACUAGCUGUGCUGAUGUUACUCCCGCUGGGAGACUCCGGGCCCUACUGUCUGCUCUUCACAAAGCCAGGCUGCUGCAGGAACAGUUCCGGCGGUCCUAAAGUCGGGGCGGGGAGGCUAGUGGGUGGAACUUGAGGGUUGGGUCUGGAGGAAGAGAUGCCUGGGCAGCGUGGUCCAGUCCCUGCCUCGGGGUGGGAAGGCAGAGAGCAAAGAGGAGGCCCCUCUUAUUGCGGACCCCCAGGCCAGAGCCCAGGAGUGGGAAAGCAGAGGGCAAAGAGGAGGCCCCUCCUCUCAUCCCUGACCCCCAGGCCAGAGCCUAAGGUUCAAGUGCCUCAGGCCCAGUCCCUUGACUCUUCCUGUUUGGGAGUUGGAUUUUAUACCACGGAUUUUAUAGCAUUUUUAUAUAAUUCAGGAUUGUCAGAAUUGGAAAGGGCCCUGGAGAUCACUAGUACUACCCUCCUCACCUUCACAGAUAGGUAAAUUGGAGCCCAGGAACCGAGAUGAUCACACAGCCAGGUAGGGACAGUACAAGAACUAGAAUGAAAAUCCUAGCUCCCGACUCAGUGUUCUUUGCACGAUGCCACACUGCUUCCCAAUUCGCUGGUCAGUUAUUAAAAUUUGUCAGGCCUGCCGAAGGAUUGACAUGCUGGGCAAUGCAGGCCACCACGGUGGAUCUGUGACUCCUGAAGGUGGCAAAGCCCUGCACACUGCCUUGGGAUGAGCACACUGAGCUCUGCAGGGCCUCAGCUGGAAGGCGCCAUCCAAUCGUCAUUCCCCUCCCCAGCAGAACUCCAGAGGUGGGGCGGCUGCCGCAGGGCCCAAGGCUGCCUCGGCAGGGGGCUUUGUGCUCUUUGUUGUGGAGGCCACCAGGGAUUCAGGAAGAUCCUGAAUGGGUUGUCAAUUGACUGAAAAGUAAAUUCCCAGUGAGUUUGAACCUCCACGGUUUUUGAGACAGUAUUAAAAGCUUGAGAACGGAGAUUAUGGAUGGCACCAGGCUGUGCACUGCCAUUCUUUUACUUUCCUUCAUGCAUUUUUUCGGAUCCAGAGUAUUAACACCACUUUUUUUACUCUGCCCACUCAAAAGCAGUAGGUAAAUUGGGGCAACCAAUUUAUAAUCACUCAAGCCCACUGCCAAAGUUCAGAUAAGCCAGGGCAGAGGGGUUAGAUUCCCCCCCUCCCCCCCGUAGGCAGAGAGAGGCCUCAGGAGAGUGGACAUCUUUACUGAGACAGCCCCAAACACACCAGUGGCUCUCAAAGUGUGUCCCUGAGACCAGCAGCAUCACCUUAGGAAUCUGCUAGAAAUAAAAAUUCUUGGGCCAUACCUCAGGGUUACUGAAUCAGAAACUUGGUUGGGGCCUAGCAGUCUGUUUUCAUGAGCCCUCCAUUGAUCUUGAUGCAGCUGAAGUGCCGGGCACCAGUGAAAGGGAAGGGCUGCGGGAGUGAUUCCACUGAUUCCUGCUUUGAUGGAAGUUAUGGCCUCACAGGUUAGAGGUUGCAAGUUGAGUUGGCCCUCUUGCCUAGGUGUGCCUCCUUGCCUUGGGAUUCUGACAUGAACAGGUGAAGUCUCUUCAUGAUUUUUUUUGUUGUUGUUGUUAAUGGUAUGCUUGCUAUUAUGGCCAAUAUGUAAAUGUUACUCUGAAUACAUAUUUAUAUACCAUGUUACUUAGUGACAUUAUUCAAACAUUUGUAUGCGUAUUUGUGAAAUUGUUUGCAUCAGUCAUUUAAAAAAUAUUUCAGCCUAAGUUUUCUAAGAGGUAUGUUGAAUACAUUUUUAAAAGCCAGCUUAAGGGUCACAGCAGCCUUAGUUUAGGAGAAGAGCUAAUCACAGGUGACCACUCAAGUUCUUUCAAUGAAGACCUGAUGAUGUAUUUAGUUCCCAUUUUCCACGGUGAUUGACUCAAUUUAAGUGUAUUGUGGCUAUAUGUAAUUUACAGGCUGCUUUGCGUUGAAGGUGGGAAAAUCUCCCAGGCUGGUGUGAGGCUGAACUGGGGUAAAAGACCCCCUGACCCCUCCUCAUUCUUCUAAGGUCACCACCUCUUAGAGGGUCUCUUAUUUUCUUUCAGAGAUCAAAUGCACAGUUAUGCUGUAAAACUGAAUUCUGCAGUCUUGGGAAUCCUUACGAGUACCAACUAUUAGUCACUUUUUAAAGUCCCCAAAGUGGAGUGAGGAUAGGGGGAGUGGAAGCAGUGUUUGGUUCUUACUUUACCCAAACUGUGUAUAAAGAAUAAAGUUAGCAGAAUGAUGCCACA